AUGCCGAAGUGUCGUCGUCGGCGAGAAACCACGUGGGACACGAUAGAUUCAGGUCGAACAUCUAAAGUUGUUAAGAAAAGACAACGACACGCCUCCGCUGAUCGUCAUUCUUUCGCGCACGCCGCCGACCAUGGACCUUCCCUCGCUUUUCGUCGAUCCAUUCUCGCCGCUUCUGGAGCAUCCGAAGGAGCAACGUGGCAAGGAUGUAGCUCACGCGCCCAAGAGACCAUGCGAACUGAGCAAAACCGAAAAGAUUGUAGGUUAUUCAAUUAAAAUUGUUUUUCAAAAUCGCAAAACUUUCAGCUGGCCGUCCGAAACGCUCUUCGGUACAUUCCCAAAGAGCACCAUGCGAUGCUCGCGAAAGAGUUCGCAGACGAGCUCAAAAAGUACGGCCACAUUUACGCGUUUCGCUUCAUGCCAAACUUCGACCUCUUCGCGCCGCCCAUCUCGAAAAUCGGAGCCAAGUGCGAGCAAGCGGCCGCGAUCAUUCUGAUGAUUUUGAACAAUUUGGACAAGAAAGUGGCGCAGUUCCCGCAAGAAUUGGUCACCUACGGAGGCAACGGACAGGUCUUCAGCAAUUGGAUCCAGUUUCGUUUCGUUCUUCGCUACUUGGUCCAAAUGACCACCUCGCAAACGUUGGUCCUUUACUCUGGUCAUCCAUUAGGACUGUUUCCGUCGACUCCGGACUCGCCACGAAUGACGGUCACUAAUGGAAUGGUACGUUUGACCGUAAUCCAUUUAGAUCAUACUGGAUCCCUUCCAGAUGAUCCCGAGCUACUCGACGAAAGCGCUCUACGACAAGUACUUUGCCCUGGGAGUCACCCAAUACGGACAAAUGACUGCUGGCAGCUUCUGCUACAUCGGUCCGCAAGGCAUUGUGCACGGGACUACGGUAGAAAUCAGAAUCGACGACAAUUUGUAGAUCAACACACUUUCAGAUUACCGUUCUCAAUGCCGGACGUCGAAUGGGACUGAACUCGCUGGCGGGCAAAGUGUUCGUGACCGCAGGACUGGGCGGAAUGAGUGGUGCACAACCGAAAGCGGCCAAGAUUGCCGGGUGCAUUGGCGUCAUCGCCGAGAUCAAUGAGACGGCGCUUCGGAAGCGACACGAACAGGGAUGGCUCGAUGUGUUUUCAAGGGAACUCGAGACUGUCAUCGAUUGGAUCAAAGAGUACAGAAUAAAGAAAAAGGCGAUCAGCAUCGGAUACCUCGGGAACGUCGUGGAUUUGUGGUAGGCUGGCUCCCCGAAGCGCGAUCUGUCCAUCCCUCCGUAUCACUCCAACUUCCAGGGAACGUCUCGCCGACGAGGAGGAGUGCAUCGUCGAGUUGGGAAGUGAUCAGACGUCGCUUCACAACCCCUACCUCGGCGGAUUCUAUCCGGCCGACCUGACUUUCGAAGAGUCGAACGCUAUGAUGAUAUCGUACCCGUCAAAGUUCAGAGAGCACGUGCAGAGCAGUCUGCUCCGACAGAUCGCCGCCAUCGACCGCAUCGCCGAGAAAGGAAUGUACUUUUGGGACUACGGUAACGCGUUUCUGCUCGAGUGCCAGCGCGCCGGCGCCAAGCUGUUAAAGGCCGACGCGCAAGACGAUAAGACGUUCCGCUAUCCGAGCUAUAUGCAGGACAUUAUGGGGUAGGCGGAAGCGUACAAAAAUUUUAAAAUAAAUGCGAUGUUUUGUUUAAAGAGACAUUUUCUCGAUGGGUUUCGGGCCGUUCCGUUGGGUUUGUACCUCUGGAAAUCCCGACGAUUUGCGACUGACCGAUCAGACGGCGUGUCGGAUCAUCGACGAGCUUCUGAAAACUGACGGUGAGUGUGGCUGCGACGGACUUAACUUUGCAGGCUUGGAUUGACCCUUUGAUCUAGAGUUAUGUGGAUCAGAGGCCGAAAAGACCGCACUAUUUGCAGCCGUUUAGGCCUAUAUCUCGAGAUCAGAUAGUCCGAUCGGUCUUAAAUUUAGCCGUAUACACUUUAAUAAAACUAUAAGAUCAAAGUUAGGACCCGAGUCAACAGACGUUUUGCAGUGCCGGACUACGUGAAACAACAAUAUCUGGACAACCGAAAAUGGAUCGAGGAGGCGGAAAAGAACGAGCUCGUCGUCGGCUCGCAAGCCCGCAUUCUCUAUUCGGACCGCGCUGGUCGAGUGGCCCUCGCCUCGGCGUUCAACGAACUCGUGGCCGCCGGAAAAGUGUGCGCGCCGAUUGUGAUCUCCCGGGAUCAUCACGACGUUUCGGGCACCGAUUCGCCGUUCCGCGAGACGUCGAACGUCUACGACGGCAGCGCGUUCACCGCCGAUAUGGCCGUGCAGAAUUGCAUCGGUGAGUUUCGAUUUGUGCGGUGCGGUGCAAAAAAAACGAUGCUUUUCGCCUGAAAUUUCCCAAAUUUUAUCGAUUCUCGCCAUCCCCUCUUCCUAAAUUUGCGUGCUCGGCGAGCUCCAACCAAUCUCGGUGAUUGAUGCUCUUGAAAUUCAAUAAACAGGCUCAUCCGAUUUGCGCAAAAGCUCACGAGCAAUGUACUUUGAGAAUGAUGAAAAAUAGGUGACUUGCCGUCCAGAAGUAGAUGAGAAUCUUUUUGUUUAAAACAAAUUUCACAAUUUCAGGCGAUUCGUUCCGCGGCGCGACGUGGGUCUCGUUGCACAACGGCGGCGGCGUCGGCUGGGGAGACGUGAUCAACGGCGGCUUCGGUCUCGUUCUCGACGGCUCCACUGACGCCGCCCGUCGAGCCGAAGGCAUGCUCAACUGGGACGUGCCGAACGGAGUCGCCCGGCGCUCGUGGUCCGGCAACGCUAAGGCGCAGGAGGCUAUCCGACGCGCCCAGCAGCACGUCGACGGCAUGAUCGUCACGCUGCCGCACGAGGCGGACGAGCAGAUGCUUGCUGCCCUUCGCUUCCAAUAA